CACCCACAACCCUCCCUUCCCUUUCUGCUCCACUCAUUAUAAUCUCACCACACCUUCGCGCCUACCCAACCGUCGCACAGUCAUACUCUUUGCAACACUUUAACGGAUCCACAUACGCGCAGUUACCUAGGUACCAAGCCUCUGGCGCUGUACGUUUCCAUCAAUCAUGGCCCUCAACAACUACGUCAUGUCACCACUGCAGUCGCUGGUAAAUUCGUCCUCACCUGACGUGGUUGACGACGAUGGCACCUCAAAUUGGGCCCGCUAUCAGAGAAUCAUCGAAUGCGACAAUGAGAAGACUGCUCUACUCCAGGAACUGCUCCAGGGCUACGAUCAUAUGAACUCGCAACGCCUGCGCGAGCUGCAGAUGAGGAAAUACUAUGAGGAUUACGCCCGAAGUUUGCAACUGCAUCUGGAAAAGGAUCCCUUCGUUAUCCUUCUCAUCGAUGGCGACGGCAUGAUAUUCCGCGAAGAGUUGAUUCAAGCCGGUGAAGAAGGCGGACGAAAGGCUGCACAGCUUCUCCAUCAGGCCAUUUUGAACCACAUCCACGAUGAGAUGCCAAAUAUCCUCAGCGACGUGAAGGUCGUCUGUCGCAUUUAUGCCAAUGUCCGCGGACUCGCCGACACACUUGUCCGUGUCGGUGCUGUUCCUGACAUUGACACGGUUGAGCAAUUCACCCGAGGCUUCACUCGUGGCAGGACGUUGUUCGAUUUUGUCGAUGUAGGCCCAGGAAAGGAUCGUGCCGAUAGCAAGAUUAUUGAAACCUUCAAGCUCUACCUCCGCGAUUUCCAUUGUCGCCAAAUUUACUUCGGAUGUUCUCAUGAUAACGGCUACGCUCGCACCCUCGAGGAGCAUACCACAGGAGAUGCCUAUGUGAAACGUAUAACCCUCCUUGAGGGAGUACCUUUCGAGAAGGAGCUCCUUAGCCUUCCUUUUGCGACGAAGAAGUUCCCAGACAUCUUUCGUGACACCAAACUUUCACUGGGUUGGAGAAGUCCCGCUCCAAACAAUGUCACCCCCGGAAACUCCAAGAAUUAUAACAUGUUUUCCGGCCUGCCCUCACGAUUCCCACCACCUCGUCAGCCUAGUCUGUUAGACAGUCCUUUUCAGCCUCCCGCGCAACCCAACUUCCCACGCACGCCCUCCGUCUCCACCCUCGCCAGCAGCGACGGAUGGAGCGUCCCCAGCAAGAAACCCACACCCGUAACCACAGGCUGGGCCGCCGUUGCCGCCGCUCCCGCCCCUCCUCCGCCCGAGACGACGACCACCACCACCUCGAGCCCAACCCCCACAUACAAGCCCGCCAACCGCGACGAACUCAUCGCCCGCAACCGGCACGGCCAACGCGUCGACCCGCCCUGCCGCGACUACGACAAGGCCGAAGUCGACCGCAUCAAGAAAAUCAAGCUCUGCAACGUGCACUUCCUCCGCGGCCCAUGCCCCCACGGCCCCAAAUGCGCGCACCUGCACGACUGGCACCCCACGAGGGACGAACUCGCCACCCUGCGCCUCGUGGCGCGCAUGGCGCCGUGCCAGAAUGGCAGCGGCUGCGAGGACGCCAAGUGCAUCUACGGCCACCGGUGUCCUGCUCCACGGGCGAGGAACGGGGUUAAAGGGACGAGGAGCUGCAUUUUCGGCGAGAAGUGCGUUUUCUCGAUAGAGAUGCAUGAUGUGGAAUGCACGGUUGUGAAGACGCUGGUAAUUCGCUAGUGCCCUCUUCCUUUUCACUGUCCUACUCUCCUCGGCACGGUAAUUUCCCCCGACCCUGCGUUCUGCAUACCUGUUCUCUUUUCUGCUCUGUUCUUCUCCUCUCGUCAUCUGUUGGCUGUUUUAUGAUUGAUGGGAGUUGCGGAGGUUGAUGUUGACGUCGUUUUUAGAGUCUUCCCAGCUGCGUGA